AUGGAGUGUAUCUUGGCUGACCUGGCACUUGAAGUGCAGCCAAACUUUGAGUCCCCUGCAUACGCAGGCUGGCUCAAUGCCACCGUCAAUGGGGGACCCACUAGAGAGGAAGCCCUCACACAUAUGCGAGAACAAGAAGAGCAAGAACGCACCGCAAAAGAAGCUGAAGUGGCUGAAGAACAAUGGGAAGCAGAGAAGAAGCCCAAGAUCAACAACUUUUAUGCUGGAGUGGUUGUCACAGAUGUUCUGAUCCCUUGUCCUUCGCAGUAUGCCUUGCAAAAGAUCAAGAGCAUGGAGUAUGUAGAGCUCUGGUACUUUAGCCCAGAAGGGUGCCAGGAGGCUGCAGAUAGCUCCAGAUCUACAGCAGAGGAUUCCUUUGGCCUGGUGAAAGUUGAUGGGUAUGUAGCUUUCAAGCCAAUAGCAGCAUUCAAGGCAUCACACAAGGCAUUGCAAGACCAUGACCUUCCAUGGCAUCAAUUCGAUAUGGCGAAGACCAGCUUCCUGGUUCACAUCAACAAAUGCGGCUGGCUGGAUAAGCACCAGCAAGCCUUAGCGCUAUUCUUCACCCUCAUCACUAAUCAUGAGCAUCGCAUACGCCCUCGUGGCAAAAAGACACUGCUUUGA